CCGUUACCACAUUCGCAACGAACCACAAAUUGCUAGAAUACUUGAACAUUACCUGCUGCAGUCGGUUGACCUCGGGAGCGAUCAAAGCCAUCGCUAGCAGCAUGACUGAAUUGAAGCACCUGGUGUGCAACAAUCAAUACGAAGGUGUGAUCAGGCUAGUAUGGCACUGCUGGCCAGAAUGCCGAGCCUUAGGAAGAUCCAGUUCAAAAUCAACGGCUACAACACGAUUGAUCAUAUGCUGGAAGGAUUUGCCGAAAUGAAUCAACUGGAGCAUCUGGAUCUCUCGGACGGUCUCUUCACCUCGAUCGACUACAAUGUCCUUAGCCGGUUAACUAAUCUCAAAGAACUGAAGCUGAAUUACAAGCUGGACUUUGCCGACGAACACUUGGCCAAGUUGUGCAGUACAGGUCGCUUUAUCGAGCUGCACAUUGCCGGCUGUACGAAGAUCACCGACAAGCAGCUGAUCGAGUUCAUUCGCAAGAACCCGCAGCUAAAGCUGUUGGACAUAUCCUACUGCCAGAUAACGGAGGGGUUGAUCUUCUCCGCGAUCGACAUCCUGAAGGAGCAAGCGGUCGGCUGUCGGAGGGAGGUCGCCAGCUCAAGAUGAUGGUUGGCCAAACCAGCAUCUGCCAAGUGAUAUUGCAAAACACACUGGUCGAAGCCAAUCGACAUCUGCUGAC